AUGGCGACGACAGGUGUUACUCCUCCGGUCGCCAACCCGGUGACUCCAGCUGCCAUCAGUCCCGGCAUUAACCAAGCGACAUCAGCCCUAGAUACUCAGGCUCUCGUCGCCGCGUUCGCCUUUGGUAUCGCCAUAAAUGGGGCAUCGGCAGCUGCCUUUCUUAUGUUUAGGGGGAAGACAACGUCUCUAUCCAAGGACGGCCAGAGGCUGGUCCUCACGAUAUCCCUCAUUUCAGCAGCCCUGUGGGCUGGAAUCGAUUUCAUCGCAACCGCAAUCGACCCCUCCUCCCCUUCCAACUGCCAAGUCGCGACAGUCAUCGCCGCCGCCUUCGACCAGAUCGCGAGGACCGCUUUACUGCAAUACUUCUUGUGGGCUACUGCCGCCGUGGCCAAGACCGCAACGCAGCGUUUCAUCCCCCAGGGUCUCUUGCUCGUGCGAUUUAUAGUCGGCGCCGUGUGGGUUGGUAUGCAGAGGCCUCAGUUCAAACCCGCUUGCGUCACGACCACCGAGAUUCUUCCCAUUUCUAUUACCACCAUCAUCGUCGACGCCGUCGUAUUCACGGCGUGUGUUCUUCGACUCUUCUCCACUGGUGGGCUUAGGGAUGCAAAGGAUGAUGCAAAGAGCGAGGAGAAGGCGAAGGGCGUCACGCUGACUAUGGCCGGCUAUGGUUUUUGGCUGGCAGCGAGUAUCCCAAUGCACCUGGGACUUACCGGCAUCCCCCUAAUCCUGAGAACUGCUCUCCCCGCCGCCGCGUUGGCCAUCCUUGUUGCUAUCAUUGCCGCUUUCUGUGGCGUUCUUUCACUGAAUAACUCUCGCCCCUUCUCGAGCCCGCCGGAAGCGCCUUCACCUACACGCCAAACUGCGACUCGAGACCUCCCGAGCCGAACCCUGUCAUCCGCGUCUUCAGAAUACCCUCCAAGCCGCUACGAAGACGUGAAGCGAGGGGAAAUUAUUUCCAUCUCCGCCUUCCCUACUCCGCCGAGUCGUGAAGGACCUAAUUCCGGUGAAAGCCCCGUUGAGCAAAACAGUCUCCCGACCAUUGAUCAACCCAUCAUUGGACAAGCCAUCACCGGGGUUGGUGGCUUCCCUGUCCAGGGCCAGCUCUUCCCGCCAAUGCGAGCCGAGACCACCCCUCCUCCUGUGCAGCAGCAGCAGCUCAAGCCUUCGGAGGGCCGAGCCAACUCUGUUCGACCAAAGAAGAGCCUGUUUGAUCUCGGCAAGGGCCCAGCUGGUGGAGUUGCGGCUACGAAACUUGCCAUCUCCGGACCCAUCCUGCAAAACCGAGCUGACGAUCAGAACCCCCUCAACAAGAUCGCCACCGUCGACUUGGCCACCGCCGCCAAGAACGAGAGGGAGCGAAGGGAUCAGAACGCAUUGCAGAGAGACUCCAGUCUGAUCGCCAAGCGACCCGCUCCUCAGCCUCCCGCAAUUACACCCGAGGAAGCCAUGAAACGAUCUCAGAGUGUCAAGAGAAAGGAGGUUGCUUCUACAACCCCGUCAGCUGACGAGGUUUCCGGCGGAAGGUUAAGUGUUGAGGAUGCGGUGCCGACCGCUGUCACAACUUCUGCGCAGCUGUCUCCUGGCGUGGAGGAGAUCCGUAGGAGGUCGCCAAGGCUUGCUCCCCAGCCUACUCCUCAAGAACCUGCUCAACUUCAACAACCCGCUCGCGAGCUCGAAAAUCCUCGACCUGCUCCUCCCAAGCCGGGCCAGACGAAGCCCGAGUCAGCAAAGACCAUACCCCAGCGACCACCUCGCCCAGAGAGUCUAGACAUUGACGUCACUCCUGCCCCUUCUAAGGUCUUCCGACCGAUAGCUCCGGCCCCUCCGAGAUUCUCCCCGGAGUCGGUACCGAAGCCGGUCCAGAGAAGCCAAUCCCCGCCGCGAUUCCCCUGGGAGGAAGAGGAGAGGAGGCGACCCCCUCCAACACAGGAGGCUGUAGUCACUGCUCAGCCAGUCCAACCCCAACCUGCGAGCAGCUCGCCGCCUCCUCGACUUCCCAGCCCUCCACAAACCCAAGCGGAGGCUCUUCCUAGGGCGGUCUCCCCGGAGAAGAUGUCUGCUCCCCCAGGAAUGCCGUCACCUCCCCAGGUAGGUCGUCGGAGCCCACCUGCCGGGGUUGGCACCAGUGCUAUCCCUAAGCCGCCGCCGUCCCCUCCUUCUCAGGAGCCUAGCCAGACACAGAAAGUCGAUGCCCGUAUGUCGAUUCUUCCAAGGAAGACCUCCGUAAAGACGGAUAUCCGGCCAUCGAGACAACGACCUCCUUCAGUCGAGGAUCUUCCGUCGCCUGAGAAGCCUGCAGUCCAGCGGAGAGUUGCAGCUGGCCUUCCCGGAAACCCCAAGGCUAUGGCUAUGAAGACUCUCAUGAACGAGGCCGAGAACAAGCGUGUCCAGACCGUCAUGUUUGUAAACAACAUCGAGUACAACGACCCUGUCACAGUUCGCAACAUCCUUCAGGGUGCGGCCGACAAGGUGGCCGCCAAGAAUGCAGCGGCCGAUGCUAAGACGGAGACGGCUUCUGUCUUACACAGGCCGCGACCGAUUCCCAGAACAAGAAAUGCUGAGGAGAAUGAGGGCGUUCCUUCUCCUAAGUCUCCGGUGCUCCAGCGCACCAGGUCCGGCGCCACAGCGGAAAGGAAGAAGUCCAUCCUAAGGUCCAACCCUGGCAGCCCCACGCAACUCCCACCGCUCCCUCCCGCGCCGAUGCCCAAGCGCCCCGGUAAUCCGAUCCGCCCUCUCCCGAACGACACCAAGAGCAUGACAUUUGAUGAAAAGAUGGCAAUGUUCUUCCCUGCCGGGCCUCCCAGCCGUCCCGGUUCCAGCCACAGCAACAACGGCGCUGGAAAGCCCACACUCUCUCCCAUCCCUGCUAUGCCGGCCUUGCCCGCCUCGUUCCUAGAAAUGGAUGGCGAAUCUGAGAAGGAAAAGUCGGACCGCACGACCAAGACCUCCUUCCAGACCCAGAGCAUCGUGGAGAUUUCCGAUCUCAAGAACCGUGGGCUCAACGGACGUAACACCGCCAAAUUCAGCGUCGAUACUGAGACUACGACUGGUGUCAGCCAGGCCUGGCUCCCUCCUGUGCCUAGCACACAGGGACUACCGUACCCGACGCAGGAGGGCAAGAAGAGGCAGUCCUCUCCCGUGCUCCCUUACAUUCCUGACAACGCCUCCGUCUUCAGCGACGGCAAGACGAUGUACGAUGAUGAUGCUACGACGAACUGGGGCUCCGUCCAUUCACCCGCCAAGGCGGUCAAUAUGAGGAACGCACACCAGCAGGGAGGUCCGAAGAAGACAUACGUCUCUAAGAAGAGCGACAAGGAGAUUAUGACAAUCAUGCUCGAUGACUCUAACGGUGCACGCGGAGAUAUCGCUGAGAGGGAGUCGUGGUUCGCUGACGGCCGAACAGCCCUGAACACUUCUCCGAAGGAUCUCUCGGACGACUCGAAGCGGGAGAGCCGCUGGCACCGCCGAGUCGGUGAUGAGUGCCCGACCUUCUCCGACCGCAAGGAAAAGACGAGGUCACGGAAGAUGGUGCCACCUACCCCACUCCUCCUCCGUGGCGUCGGCAAUAAGAAUAUGGUCGUCAUCCGAGCCGCGGAGCCGUCUCCUCUCGAAUCGCCCAGUGAGGCUUACCGUGAUAUCCAGUUGAAGCUGAAGAAGCUCGACGACACUAACCGGGACUCCGUUGGAAGCGAAGGUCGCAAGCAAGCACUUUUAGACAACUUGGAACAGGAGAUGGGACAGCAGGAGAAUUACUGGCUUGAAAGACAGAAUGAUAUCAACCGCGACUCCGUGUCAACAGUCAGGACCUCUCCCAGGAGGGACUCCAUCCAUGAGGUUGCCGCCAGGGCUGCUGCACGUGGACAAGCUGCUGCGAAGAAGGGCAGCCUGCUUAAGCCGACCGAAGUCGCUCGUGUCCCGCUUAGCAGCCCCACUCCACCGGAUACUGAUGAGUCUGAUGAUGAUGCCAUCGACAAGCGUGUGCAGGCUAGCAAGAUACUGGAUCAGCCCAAGGAAAGGAAGUCCGCACCUGCAGCACCUGCUAGGCUAUGGACCCGUGCUCCUUCUGCGGCCGUUGGACGCAACACGAUCGUCCAUCUCCUCUGGGCCCCUGUGAGGCCAGCGCCGAAGGAGCGUGACACUGCCACCUUGAAUGUUAUGACUACUUCUUCUAUCCCGAGGAAGGCCAGCAAGCGAUCGCUGACUGGCCAACCCCUCUCCAAGAUUGAGAGCACUAGCUUGUGGCAGAAGCCCAAAAAGGCCCAUUCCUCGUCCGGUCGUCUCUGGGGAUCGACUGCUCCUCCGGCGAAGCAGAAGACCCAAAAUCGGCCCACGACUCAGCGACCGGCGCGCCGAAGCCGCCGUGUCACCAUGCUCCCGGAUAUCCUCGAGAGCCCGCAGCCCCUCCCUGACAACCACGGAACCCUCGGCAUCUUCCAGUUCCCAUGGGGUGAGAAGUCCGACACGGCAACUCUCAACUCGCGUCCCAGCCACAUGUUCAUGGCCAUGCCCGGCACCAUGUCUACGGGUGGACCUGCCAUAGCCGCUGCACUUGAAGCCCGCUCGCGGCAGCUCGAGUCGCAGGAAUACUCGUCUUCGUUCUUCGACGACUACGAUGAGGAGUUGCCCGGAGAUGCGGAUGCAGAGUUCGACAUGGAUGGGAGCGAUGAGGACUUUGACGAGACGACCCUCUGGGAGAUUGCUAGCCUGCUCAAGACCGACAAGAUCCCGUCCAAGAAUUCUCUCUUCCCUACUUCCGGAGUUGAGAACAAGCCUCGAGAAUCUACCUCGGUCCUUGGUGACUACAUGGACGAUGCCGAUGCCGACAGCGACGGCCGCAAGGACUCCAUCAUUGUUGGUCUGGAUCUGAACUCCAGUAUGCCCCCCAAACCCCAGGUCCAGCGCGCCAUGACCUGGGUUGCUCCGGCGCGGCUUAGAUCCACGGAAGAGCCAUCCGGCCUUUUUAACCUCCAGCACAAGCGGACAGACUACAGGACUACAAGCAAGGAACCCGCCGCUAUCCACAUGGAGCGCAAGUCUCGCGUUUCGCGUGACCCUCUUCCGGCCCUUAACUCGUCUACUCUCUGGAAGGCUGAGAACAACAGGAACUCUGCACCCGAGGGCGCUACUAGGAACUGGUUGAUGGCUGACAAGAUUGUCGAGGCGCAAGAGCCUCGCCAUCGCCAGAAUGCUGCUGACAAGGCUGACUGGGAGGCUGCUCUCAAUGAGGCGCUGGAGAAGAGUUACCCCGUGGUGGCGAAGGCGAAGGCGAAUAAGCCGGUUGCAGCUAGUGAGGAGGAGUGGGACUCUGCACUGGAGGAAGCGAUUGCUCUUGGCGGUUGGCAGAACAUCGCUCAGGUGGAGCAACCGGUCGUGUUUGAGCAAGAGCGGCAGAUGCAGCCGGAACAGUGGCAGUCCACGUCAAUCCAGGUUGAGAACGUGCAGGAGCAGCAGGAGCAGUGGCAGCCUGCGCCUGCUCAACAAGAGACUACUGCUUGGGUGGAGCCGGUCGUCGCGGGCUAUCAAGAGUACUUCCAGCCUGCCAUCCCCGAACCAACUCCGGCGCCCGUUUGGGAAGAGCCUGUCGUUCGUGAACAAGCACCCGUGACAUGGGUUGAACCUACAAUUCCUGAGCCAACUCCCGCACCAGUCUGGGUUGAGCCUAUUGUUGUCCAGCCGGCGCCUGCACCCGCUUGGGUUGAGCCAGUUGUUCCCGAGCCAGCUCCAGCCCCUGCUCCCGUCUGGGUUGAGCCCGUAGUCGCAGGCUACCAGGAGCCGCAGUGGGUGGAGCCCGUCGUGGCCGGCUAUCAAGAGUACUUCCAACCCGCCGUCCCUGAACCGGCACCGGCUCCCGCCUGGGAGAUGCCCGUGGUUCCUGGCUACCUAGAGCAGUGGGGAGUCCCAGCCCGCCAGCCAUCUCCCAUGCGCUUCCCUCAGCCGUCCCCCAAGCCAGCACCGGAGCCAUCCUCCUUCCUCAUGCCCGAGCCUCAAGUCACGGACCUCUGGCAGAACCCCGGCAACAGCGAGCCCCAGACGCUCCCGGCCAAUACUACAGACCUCUGGAGCGAGGGAGCCGUGAGCAGGACCGUUGGCGAGCCCAUCGCUGCAGAGAUGACUCCUCCCAACUCGAGCCGGCCCCGCCCAUCGGAGACGGAGGAGGCGCUCCCGGUCUUUGCGCCGUCGCAACAGAUGUGGCAGCGCGAGGAGGCCGUGGAGCCGCAGGCUGAGAAUUGGCUUGAUACGAUGGCGGUUAAUCAGCAGCAGCAGCAGCAGCAGCAGCCGCAGGAGGAAGUUAGGGGUGUAGUGUUUAGGUACUAA